AUGUCCAUGGCGAGAAAGAUGUCGAAGAAGCCCUCUUCAAAAGCGCUGGCAGAUCAAACGGAAAGCCAGGCUGGACAUCUCAAGACAUUAUGGGAGCUGCUGACAAAGUCUGCGCUCAUGUUGGACGGUGUGGAUGACCCGGCAGAAUGGCUCGAGUACCGGCACAGGAACCUGCAGUGGAGAACCGGACUCGCCAGCGGCGCGCACGGUGAGGUCUCCGACCUCGUCAGUGAUGAAGUCUCCGCACCGCCUGUGGACUUCUGCUCUCCGGUGCAGCAUACCACCUCCCGCAAACGCCUCGACUCUUCGCAGAUGUCGCGCUGCGCCUCUUGGCCCACCUUCGACGCGCGCUCCCCGAGGAAGAUUUGGAUGCUGAGUCCCGAGAUGGAGUCAGAUCUCAAGGCCAAAGAUCCUCGUCUUUGGCAACGGCUGCAAACGCAGCUGGGACUGGCCGUGCAGGCAGUGACCCUUCUGCUGGUUGUCGGCACCUACGCAGCGUGCCCACUUACCGUGUCCUGGGCGAAGAUUGUGGGUCACAGCGCCGACGGUGUGGCAAUCAAAGGACGUCCCUUCAAGGAGGGCUCAGUCAUCGUGGCUUCUUGGCUGCUCAUCGCGACAGUGGGCCUCCUGCUGAGUGCCGCCACAGGGGGUCGGCACCAUGUGAGGCGCUGUUUCGACUUGCGCUCGAUUUUGACGUUCGCUCCUGCGGGCAUUGGUUGGGCCAUGGCUGAUGCUUGCGAGGUCAUGGCCGUAGCACGAAUGGAUCCUGCAACGUACGGAGUGCUGAGCCAGGGCCGCCUUCUCUCCAGCGCCGCUGCAGCCUGGGUGUUUUGUGGGCUGCGGCAGAGCGGCCUCCAGUGGGGUAUUCUUGCCUGCCUCUCCCUCAUUUGCAUGGCCUACUGCAUGACUCCGGAUGAGUCGCGGCCAAACGCUGAGCGGCUCUUCGAAUGGCGGCUGCAUCAUGAGAGCCUCCAGAUCACCGCCACUCGGGUGAAGUGUUUUCCGGUCUUGAGGAAGAGGGAGAGGCAACUUCCCACCAUGACCCUGGCAAAAGAAAGAGCGAGAGAGAGAGGCAUCCAGCCUCGGCACAGUCAGGUGUGCGGGCGUCUCAUCUCUGUAGCUGGGCGGGCCAUUGUUUACGUGGAGAUGUGCUUCAAGUCUGGUGCUGGCGAGCCCAUGCGACUCCACGUUCAGAUGACGCAGGUGUCGUUCAGCAGCAUCAUCGCAGCUACAACCGCAUAUUUGUUCAUAUGCGGGGUGCAGAACGAGGAUCCAACACAAUUUUUUAGUGGACAGGAUGGUUCGUGGUCCAGAAAAACCAUGAUCGUGGCCGCGAUGUACUGUUGGCGGGAGUGGAUCUGCAGCUUGUGUGUCAAGCACUUCGAUUCGUUGGUCAAGAACAUCUGCAAUGCGGCUUCCUUGGUUGUGACCUAUGGCUUUACGGUGCUGGUGGCUCGGGAGAAAGAUUUCUCGGUCUUGAAGGCGUUCCUGCUGCUCGCCAUUGUCAUGGAGGUCAUCAACUACUGCUACACGCGGCGGGUCGUGAAGCAGCCCAAGGAGGAGAUUCCAGUGGCCGAGUACUCGAAUUUGUAUUUGACCGGGCCUGCCGCUAAAGUCGAGCUGGCAUACUCGUAG